UAGGGGGGAUGUAUCGGCAGUAGAUGCCGUCCCAUCGUCAGAUCACACCCUCCGGGCUGCAGACCCGCUCCUCCGGCACCAGCACCAUGACGCCCGGGUUCAGACCCGCGAUCUGAGCGCGCGCAGGGACCGGACGUGGAGACAUACGCGCACGUGCACGCACGCACGGGGGGAGGGUAGGGUAAGGGGGGCGGCGGCGGGGGGGGGGGAAUAUUACAGCUACCAAAAAACCCCAAGAGGACAGGAACGCCGACCGAAGCGAAGUCCUCCACCGCGGAGAAAGAGACCGAAUCCCAUCCGCCAGAAGCAUCAUGACGUCGGCCAAAGACAGCGGGCACUACGCCAACUACGUGGGACCGUACCGCCUGGAGAAGACGCUGGGCAAAGGACAGACAGGUCUGGUGAAGCUGGGCAUCCACUGCGUCACGUGUCAGAAAGUCGCCAUAAAGAUCGUCAACAGAGAGAAGCUCAGCGAGUCGGUUCUCAUGAAGGUGGAGCGGGAGAUCGCCAUCCUGAAGCUCAUCGAGCAUCCUCACGUCCUGAAGCUGCACGACGUCUACGAGAACAAGAAGUACCUGUACCUGGUGUUGGAGCACGUGUCCGGCGGCGAGUUGUUCGACUACCUGGUGAAAAAGGGCCGGCUGACGCCCAAAGAGGCCCGAAAGUUCUUCAGACAGAUCAUCUCAGCCCUGGACUUCUGCCACAGCCACUCCAUAUGCCACAGAGAUUUGAAGCCGGAGAACUUGUUGCUGGACGAGAAGAACAACAUCCGGAUAGCGGACUUCGGCAUGGCGUCUCUGCAGGUCGGGGACAGUCUGCUGGAGACCAGCUGUGGGUCUCCUCACUACGCGUGCCCAGAGGUGAUCAGGGGGGAGAAGUACGACGGGAGGAAGGCGGAUGCGUGGAGUUGUGGAGUCAUCCUGUUUGCACUUUUAGUGGGCGCUCUGCCGUUCGACGACGACAACCUGAGGAACCUGCUGGAGAAGGUGAAGCUAGGAGUUUUCCACAUGCCCCACUUCAUUCCCCCCGAGUGUCAGAACCUGCUGAAGGGGAUGAUCGAGGUGGACGCCGGGAAGAGGUUCACGUUAGAGCAGAUCCAGAAGCACACGUGGUACCUAGCUGGGAAGAACGAGCCGGAGCCGGAGCAGCCGGCCCCCAGGAAGGUGGCCAUCAGGAGUCUGGCUGCAGCCGAGGAGAUCGACCCUGACGUCCUGGAGAGCAUGCACUCCCUGGGCUGCUUCAGGGACAAGGAGAAGCUGAGCCAGGACCUGCUGUCUGAGGAAGAAAACCAGGAGAAGAUGAUCUACUUCCUGCUGCUGGACCGCAAGGAGAGGUACCCGAGCCACGAGGACCAGAACCUGCCGCCUCGCAGCGAGAUCGCCGACCCGCCCAGGAAGCGCGUGGACUCGCCCAUGCUGAGCCGCCACGGCAAGCGGCGGCCGGAGAGGAAGUCCAUGGAGGUGCUGUGCGUGACGGAGGGGGGGUCUCCGGUGCCGGUGAGGCGGGCCAUCGACAUGGCGACCCACGGCCAGAGCAAAUCAGUUUUCAGUAAAAGCUUGGAUAUCACAAACGCUAACUGCAGCAAGGAGGAAAGAUCGCGAUCGAUCAGCGGAGCGUCCUCCGGUCUGUCCACCAGUCCUCUCAGCAGUCCCAGGCCCACCCGGCGGUUUUUCAUCCCCCCCCAGUCCCCCAACCUGUGUCAGUCCCCCAACUGCAGCCCCACCCACUGCCCCGAGGCCCGCCUCAACGGGGUGGGGCCGCGCACGCCCAACUCCUACCAGCCAAAGAUGGGGUCCCCCCUCAUGCACCCCCGCACGCAGACCCUCCCCGCCAAGCCCAAAGUGUCAGAGAAGCCCCUGCAGACCGCCCGGUCCAACCCGCUCCCCAACACCGCCCACAGCCCCACCACCCCCAAAUCUGAGCCCUCCACGCCCUGCCAGCCGCUGGCGCCCGGCGUCCCCAACAGCCCCCGGGUGAGACGCCACCCCCCCCUCACCGUCCCCCCGAAGCUCUCCAUCCCGCUCUCCCCGGUGCCCCCCAUGUCGCCCCGCCGCCGCCACCACCACCACCACCACCCUGACCACAACGGCAAAUGUGUCCCCAUCACGCAGGUGACCCCCCACCCCUCCCCCAGAGGAAGCCCUCUCCCCACCCCCAAAGGCACCCCGGUGCACACGCCCAAGCACAGCCCCGCCGGCACGCCCAGCCCCACGCCGCCCCCCAGCCCCUCCAUCGGCGGCCUGCCCUGGAGGACGCGCCUCAACUCCAUCAAGAACAGCUUCCUGGGCUCGCCGCGCUUCCACCGCAGGAAGAUGCAAGUUCCCACCCAGGAGGACAUGUCCAGCCUCACGCCGGACUCUUCUCCAGAACUGGCCAAGAAGUCCUGGUUUGGUAACUUCAUCAACCUGGAGAAGGAGGAGCAGAUCUUCAUUGUGAUCAGAGACAAACCUCUCAGCUCCAUCAAGGCGGACAUCGUCCACGCCUUCCUCUCCAUCCCCAGUCUGAGCCACAGCGUCAUCUCUCAGACCAGCUUCCGGGCCGAGUACAAGUCCUCGGCCGGUCCCACCGUGUUCCAGAAGCCGGUCAAGUUCCAGGUGGACAUCACCUACACGGAGAGCACCAGCGCCACCAAGGACAACGGCAUCUACUCCGUCACCUUCACCUUGCUGUCAGGUCCGAGCCGGCGGUUCAAGCGCGUGGUGGAGACCAUCCAGGCCCAGCUGCUCAGCUCCGAGCAGCCCGGCGUGCAGCCGCAGAUAUCUGGAUUCAUCCAUAAUAGCUAUUAACCUCGGCGCGGCGGCUCCAGACCGGGCCGAAGAAAAGACCCCCCCCCUCCCCCUCUGAUCAGCCCCCACCACACCUAACACAGAGACGUCUCGGAGGAGUAAAAAAGAAAAUGAACAAAAGCCUUAAGACAGUGAUGUUUGUCCCCACAUGCACACACAGACACACACACACACACACACACGCCUCCCCCUCAAGAGAAAACACACACACACUGUACCCCCUCCUCCACAUUACAGGACUCCUCCUCCUCCUCCUCCGGGAGGAGACAGACGCACGCUGGCCGGAUUGUAUCUCUCUUUUUUCUAUGGAUUUCUGAGACGUUUCUUUAAAAGGUUUCUCCUCGUAGAGCAGGCCGAUCGGCGCGGAGGGGAUCAAUAGAUCAAUCAUCUGCUCUGUUGUACAGAUUGAACAAUGUUCCGUGUAAAGAGUUGUAGUCGUAACAUUAUGUUUUCUAGAACUUCUAGUUUCUUCUGGUUUCUGUUUGUUUCUUCCUGCGGCGGCUUCGGUCAAACCGGCGCUAAAAAAUGCCAAAACGAUCACGUGAAAUCGGUUCGUGAGCGUAACUCGUUAGCGUAGCUCGUUAGCUUUGAGUCAUCAAUAUCUAUCCCUGUUCUGUUUGGAUCUAUAUAUCUAUGGAUCUAAACGUGAACUCAUCAUCACAGUACAGAAAACAAGAUCCAGCUGGCUAGCGUGUUAGCGGUUAGCUUGUUAGCGGUUAGCAUGUUAGCUCACAUUUGCCGAUCUACUUCCUGGUUUGACCGAGCUCAGUGUGGAAAUGUCUCCUCGUUUCCUUUUGCACUUUUGACACGUACGUCAGAUCCUGGGUUCAGUUGCGUAACUUUUAAUUUAUUUGUUGAAGUUCUACAAUAUGUUGUGUAUAUUUUUGUACUGUACUGUAUUUUUGUCAUUUUAUUUGCUGUUAAUUUAUUCUCAGUUAUUUAUACAAACAAUGUAGAGAAUGUUUCAAAUUAUUUAAGGAUAUUUUUGUCACGUUAAGUUAUUCGAACACAAAGAAACAUCCCCCCCCCCCCCGAGCGAAAUCCUCCUGUAAUAUAGGUUUUUGAAAAUGAUUUACCGUAAUAUAAGAAUGUAGACGUAGCCUCUGAGAGAGGACCGCCCCCCCCCCCCCCCCCCCCGUGUACGAAGACACUCAUUCUUUAAACGACCCGUUUAUUUAUAAAUCAAGGGGCGGGGUCUUUGCUUUGACCCUUGACCCUUUGACCCUUCUUUGCAUGUUCUGUCUUUUCUUUGCAUGUCGUCGCUGGAAUUGUUCUCCUGUUCCCUUUUUUCUCUCCUCCUCCUUGAAGUUCUCUUUGUGCUUUUCUUUCAAUUUGCCUUUUGUGUUUCUUUUUUAAAUUUGAGUUCCUUCUUUAUGAGAACUGUGCAAACAUCCUCCGUGCAACGCGUGGGGGGAGGUGUUCGGGUGGGGGGGGGGGGCGUAGGAGAGAGAAAUUAAAGCAAUACCGUUCAUUGUUCGCUUCCUGUCUUUUUUCUAACUGGGGGGAUCACACAUCGCAGCAGGUACCCCUCCCCCCCGGCAAUGUUGCCCCUUGUGACGUUACUGUGAACAACUUCAGUGCUAAAGGAAAUAAAUUGUUUGACUUUG